AUGAAAAGGGGCUGGUAUGGAGUUAUAUGCGCUAAUGGUGGGAAUGAACCAACUCUAUGGAACCAUCCCGCCUACAAUAGGAAACUCGCUAAUCUUGUCUAUCUUGACUUGUCGGUUGAUCAGUUUUCAGGCACAAUACCACAACAAAUCGGCUCACUAACAAAGCUUGACACCCUCCACAUCUUUGACAACCAUUUAAAUGGUUCAACUCCAGGAGAGUUGGGGAAUGUGAAAAAUCUCACUGUACUUAAGUUACACGAUAAUCAACUUACUGUAACUAUUCCUACUUCAUUUGGCAAUUUGAGAAACUUGGAUACUCUGUUUCUCCAUGCCAACAAACUUUCAAGUUCCAUUCCUAAAAAACUUGCCUAUUUGGAUAACUUGGUUGCGCUUGCAAUGGGUGUAAAUCAAUUUUCAGGCCAUUUGCCAGAGCAGCUUUGCCAAGGUGGGAAACUUGAGAUCUUCAUGGUGAUGAGUAACAAGUUGACAGGGCCAAUACCAAGAGCUUUUGGUAUCUACCAAAAGCUUCGGUUCAUUGAUUUGAGCGACGAUGAUUUUCAUGGUGAACUAAAACGCAGGCAAGCUGGGAAAUGCGAGAGUUUAGUGAUUCCGGUGCUAGAAAUAACAUUAGUGGUAAUAUACCACCGGAGAUUGGAAACGUCAAAGGGCUUGAGGACUUGA